GGCUCGGACGUUGCGUGCGGUGCAAAAUUCACCAGUAGACGGUGCCGAUCACCUUAUUGCAAACUUGGCGUGGUGUAUGGUGGGCGUCCCACCCUUCGUGGACUCGCGCGUUGGUCGUGGCAAUUGGGAUGGUGCAGCCACUUCGCGAUUUCCUGCGCGUUCGCCGACCUCAUCGUCGUGGAUCAUGGCUGGCGUGACCAAGCUCCAGACAUGCCUGGCCUUGGUGGCCCUGUCCAUGAGCUCAUGGCACCACCAAGCCGAAGCCAAAGGCGUGUGCUACGACUCGUUUGACUACGCCAACAUGGACGCGCAUUUCACCACGAUCAAAACGAGGUUCGACGCCGUGCGUACGUAUCAAACGCAAAAUACCCUGAUCGGGCUCCUGUGGCCCAAUGGCACCAACACGACAGUGCAUGUUCCGGAUGGACCGAACGCGAUCGACGUUGCUGCACGCAACAACUUGCUCAUUUACGCCGGCGUGUGGAUUCGAAGUCCGUUCUACGACGUCGACCUCCAGGCGGCCAUCGACGGCGCGACCCGGCACCCCGAGGCCGUCAAGGCCAUUCUGAUUGGCAAUGAAGACCUGAGCAACGGCUUGAGUUUGCGCACGAUGAUCGAUACCAUCAACGACGCAAAGGCCAAGAUCCGCGCGGUCCCCGGACUCGAACACAUUCCCAUUGGGACGGUGCAAACCGACGGCGACUGGCUCAAGUACCCGUCGCUUGCCAACGUGUGCGACGUCGUGGGGGUCAACAUGUACGCGUUCUUCGACCCGUACGAUUUUUCCACGAUCAACAACGUGAUCCCGCACUUGAGCCAUCGUUGGCAAGCCAUGGCGUCUCGCUUCGGAAAGAAAGCGCUGCUGACGGAGACUGGAUGGCCCACCGACGGCGGGGGUCCAUUCCGAAACCACCAGGCGAGCAUGGAAGCGGCGAUCCGCCACUUUUGGGACGUCCAAGAUUGGAUGGAUGUGAACAAGAACGGGGGCGAACACCCCAUGUACUUUAUGUUUCACGACAACCCAGCAAAGUCCACCGACGUUGCGACGCUGUUUGAAAAUUACUUUGGCCUGGCGUACCCCAGCGGCGUGUGGAAGUUUGACGUGUGGAACCGCCCGGUCCCGAGCCCACGCUUGAGCUUGCCGUUCAAGAUCGCGACCUCCCGCGACCUCGUCCUCCGAUGCGACGGCGGCCGGCUCUUCAAAGGACCCUCCGACAACGUGAACGACCGGUGGUCGUACGACCUCCGCACGCAGCAGCUCAGGUGCUGGCAGCAGGGCAAGUGCCUCGACGGGUACUGGACUGGCAACCGAUUCAACGUCCACUUGUUUCCGUGCAACGCCAACAAUAACAACCAGCGGUGGAUCUUUUCGGACUUGAAGCUCAAGCACGAAAUCUUCACCGAUCGAUGCCUCGACGCAGACCGUACUGACACUCAGGUGCAGGCGUGGCCGUGCCAGCUCAACAACAUCCACCAGCUUUACACGAUUGCGAGUGACAUGGGGCACGUCGCAUUUGUUUCGGUGGACAACAAGCGUGCGCUGGUGGCGUCGACUGCGGCCCGCGAUGGCGACGGCGCCGAACUGAUCGCGUUCUCGCAUGGCUGGUUUCCAUCGCAGCCCGCUGUCCCUACGGACGGCAAGUGGACCGUUCUCCACGACAAAAACAUGAUCAUGUCCGAGAUCACCAACACGUGCCUCGACGCCCCGCAAAAGGCAAAUGGUGCCCGCAUUCACCUCUGGCCUUGCAACGACAGCAACGCCAACCAAAAGUGGUCGUACGAUGUCGCGACCAAACAAAUCCGACACGUCACGCACACGGGGUAUUGCCUUGACAUGGGCUCGUACAACGGAAACAAACCGCAUUUGUGGCAAUGUCACGCCACGACCGAUGCGUACGCCCACUACCAACAGUUUAACUACGUUGUGUAAACAGGAUUCAGCCACGUAUUGUAGUGUUGGUCUUGUUCGCAUGCAGCAGCCAUCUUGACACACGGUGGAUGCAGCAUCGAUGGAAUAUACGCCAUGGCUGGGCUGGUCACCGAGGGAGAUAAAGGCACGGCAUGUGUGUCAACUGCAUGAGGUCACUCCCGCGACGAACGUGUCGUCAAAG